AUGUUCAACCUGAUGAAGAAGGACAAAGAGAAGGAUGGGACCCGAAAGGAGAAGAAGGAAAAGAAGGAGAAGAAGGAGCGGAUGUCAGCAGCUGAGCUCAAGAGCCUGGAGGAGAUGAGUAUGCGCCGGGGCUUCUUCAACCUCAACCGUGCCUCCAAACGGGACUCCAAGACCCGCCUGGAGAUCUCCAACCCCAUACCCAUCAAGGUGGCCAGCGGCUCCGACCUGCAUCUCACGGACAUUGACUCCGACAGCAACCGGGGCAGCGUCAUCUUGGACUCAGGCCACCUGAGCACAGCCAGCUCUAGCGAUGAUCUCAAGGUGGACGACGGCAACUUCAAGGGCUCGGUGCUUCAGCGGGCGGCCAAAUUUGGCUCCUUGGCCAAGCAGAACUCCCAAAUGAUCGUCAAACGCUUCUCCUUCUCCCAGAAAAGCCGGGACGAGAGCACCUCAGAGACAUCCACCCCCUCCGAGCACUCAGCAGCCCCCUCCCCCGCCGAGCUGCGGCGUCCCACCUUGGUGCCCCCCCAGCCCCCGCCCCCGCGGCAGCUGGAGCUGCAGAGGCGCAACACGGGUGAUUUUGGCUUCUCCCUGCGCCGCACCACCAUGCUGGACCGGGCGCCCGACGGGCAGGUGUACCGGCGAGUCGUGCACUUCGCCGAGCCCGGGGCCGGCACCAAAGACUUGGCGCUGGGUUUGGUGCCGGGUGACCGGCUGGGGGAGAUCAACGGGGGAAACGGGGAGAACAAAUCCCGAGAUGAGAUCGUGGAGAUGAUCCGGCAGUCGGGGGAGACGGUGCAGCUGAAGGUGCAGCCCAUCCUGGAGCUGAGCGAGCUGAGCCGCUGCGGGCUGCGGGGCG